GGAACAACUGAGGAAGUUAGUUCAAAAGCUUCAUCCCGCUGGUGUAACUGGACUGGAACCCGAGACAAUACUUUACCAACAACUAUGUUUUCAAGAAUAACAAGAGGGGUUCUUUUCGCCUGGGGAUUUCUCUGGAUGACCCAACUAAUCACUAUUUCAUUAGGUGAGGAGAGAGAAGACACACAAGAUCCUAGUUAUACGGAGAAGAAGAGGACUCAGGAUUUAUACAGGUUUGGCCUCGGCAAAAGAAGACAACACUUUGAUGACUUUGAAUCCAAGAAAGCAGACCAAAUGUAUAGCUUUGGCCUUGGUAAAAGAGAUUCUUUCAUUUAUCCCUAUGACUUUCUAUCAGAACAUCCUGGACACCAAAGCUCCUUUUCGAAUAAUAAAAGAGUUCCUCAGCAGUUUGCUUUUGGCUUGGGAAAGCGGAUCCUCUUACCCCACAUGUAUAACUUAGAUGAUAAACGGGACUUUACUUAUGAUUUUGGACUGGGCAAGAGAAAUGACGAGAGAGAGAGAUUUUCUUUCGGCCUUGGCAAACGACAAGAAAAACACUUUGAUUUUGGUCUGGGGAAGCGUAGUUCUUUAGAGUCUGACAUACCACGAGAGUACGAGGAUUUCAUUAAACGGCGGUUUCACUUUGGCUUAGGAAAACGUGAGGAUCGAGAGUACAGUUUCGGUCUAGGCCGAAAGAAAAGAGAAACAAAUGCUGCAAGGGACUUAAUAAAUUAGAAGACAUUACUGACAUAGAAUAUUAAUCUCGAUGAAAAACAUCUUAUUAAGAAAAGUAUAUACAUUAAAGCAUCUGAAGAAAGUUAACGAUUUUAUGACUGCUAAUUUCUUAUAAACUUCUUCUUGUCUACCUGGCAAUAUCAGUGUUUAUAUGGUUGUAUAAAUGUAUCUUGUGUAGUCAGUCAUUUUAUCUUUGUGUAUCAAACUCUGAAGGACUCGCUUUGUCACCAGAAGUUGUUUUUAUUUUUUAACUUCUGUAACACAGUGAGAUGUGUAGUCAUAGCUCCAAGUGAAAUAAAGGCAUAAAAGCAUAUAC